CACCAUUAAUGGCUCUGCCUUAUCUUGAGCAUGUGUGACUUGAUGAGGCCUCGUAACUCAGCAUGAGAUCUUGUUUCCAGAACAUUGUCCUGUGAGAAGAUAUAGUUUCCUUUCUCCAUUUUCUGUUUUUCCUUUCUUAAUUUUUUCUUCCUAUCCCAUUCUUGGUUUAGGAAAAAAAAAAACUUUUUUUCUUGGGAAUUUAGUAACCGAGCUCAGCUUUUGAAAGCUACCCGUGUCAUUGCCUUUCUGGUCCAUCAUUACACAAUCUGAGGUGAUUAUACGCAUUUGUGGUAACUGAAAAAACUUCAUUUGCAUAGAAUGAAGGGCAAAAGAAAGUAGUGAAAAAACAAUGUUUUCUGGUGUGGAGAGUGAAGGAGACAGCAGAACAAAUUUUUCAUAUUCAUAUACGCAUCUGUUUAAUUGAGGUUGGGAAUUUCAUAUUCAUACUUAUUUAUUUAGUUUUGGUUUGUGGGGGUGUGGGGGUGUCAACAAGAAGAUGUUGGAAAUCUCAGCUGGAGUCCAACACCAGGGGACAAUCAGAGAGCACUUAAAGGAACAGCUUGCUCUUGCUGUGAGGAAUAUCCAAUGGACCUAUGCAAUCUUCUGGUCAAUUUCAGCUGCACAACCAGGGGUACUGGAAUGGGGUGGCGGGUACUAUAAUGGCGACAUAAAGACCAGGAGGACGACUCAAGCUAUAGAACUCGGUGGAGGAGACCAUACGGACUUGCAUAGAAGCGAACAGCUAAGAGAACUAUAUGAAUCCCUCUCUGGGAGCAAAUCCAAUCCACAACCUAGUAGAAGGCCUUCGGUUGCAUUGUCCCCAGAAGAUCUUGCCGAUACGGAGUGGUAUUACUUGGUUUGUAUGUCCUUCAUAUUCAACAUUGGCCAAUGUUUGCCGGGACAAAGUUUAGCAACUGGUAAACUGAUUUGGCUAUGCAAUGCACACUGUGCAGAUAGCAAAGUGUUCAGUCGGUCUCUGCUUGCUAAGAGCGCAUCAAUUCAGACUGUUGUGUGCUUCCAGUUUUUAGAUGGCAUCAUUGAGCUAGGCACAACCGAACUGGUCUUGGAAGAUCCUAAUCUCAUUCGACAUGUCAAAACAUCCCUCUUGAAGUCUUCAGACUUAAAAGGCUCUGAGAAACCCGACCCUUGUGCUAUAGAUAAUAGAAGUAAAUUGUUUGAUCGAGCAAUUUUCGACACCGGAUUGAUUUCAGGAGAAGCAGAGGAAGGAAUAACUUCACUUAAUACCGGUUCGAAUGGGCUUGAGCCGAACCAACAACUUGACGACUCUUGUAUUAUUGGAGAAUUAAAUGGGGUUGCUUCGCAAUUACAAAGUUGGCAGAUCCAGAAAGAUGAGUUCAGUUACCUCAUCCAUCAAUCCGGAAAUUCCAGAGACUCUAUUUCGCAAUCCUUCUUAGAAACUGGAACUUCCAUUUCAAUUCCUAAUCUUGAGAAGUCCAAAGAUCAUUGGACAGAAGACCUUCAAGAAUGCAAUAACGAAGAACUAGACAGGGUAGACCUCCGAGGGGAUGGUUUGCACUACCGGACCAUUCUUUCAUCCAUAUUGGAAACCUCCAACCAAUUAAGGUCAAGAUCUCAUUGUGAAUGCGGUGAACCAGAGUCAAGUUUCAUAGGUUGGAAGAAAGGACAGCUCAAAUGCCACAGAGCAAAAGGUGUUCCACAGAAGUUGCUGAAGAGGAUCUUGCUCGAAGUACCUCAGCUGCAUGCAAGGAGCAUGCUUGACUUUUCGGGAGCAGGUUGCAAGAGAGAUGGGAUUUGGAUGGCUUUGAAAGAUGAACUCAGUCCAGACCGUAAUCUAUCUGGAAGUAGGCAAAAUGAAAAGAUAAGCGAGCAGUUUUGUGUUCUUAACGCGGUCGUCCCAUCAGUGAAAAAGAUCCAGGUUGACAAAGUAUCGAUACUAGAUGACACAAUCGAGUAUGUAAAGGAGCUUCAGAGAAGGGUGGAAGAGUUGCAGUCGAGCAGGAUAUCGAGUGAAUUAUUGGCAAUUUCCGGAGGAAAACCCCAAGAAAGUACAGAGAGGACAUCUGAUAACUGUGGCAAUCUUAGGACGGGUCUCGGCAAGCAGCCAGUAGCUAAAAAAAGGAAAGCUCACAACUAUGACAUGACAGAUACAGAUUCCAAUUAUCUCAGAGAUGGUCCAAUUGACAACUUAAGUGUUAGUGUGAAUGAUGAGGACGUUCUAAUUGAGAUGAGGUGUGUUUGGAGGGAAGGAGUAAUCCUUGAGAUAAUUGAAGCUUUGAGCCAUUCCAGUUUGGAUUCUCACUCGGUUCAGUCAUCGACCAGCGAUGGUAUUCUUUCUGUGACCAUCAAAUCCAAGCUGCAGAGAUCAACAACAACAAAGACGACAGCUGCAUCGAUCAAACAAGCGCUUCAGGGAGUUGCUCAGAAAUGCUGAAGAUCAUUCCCUCACUGAUAUAUCCCUAGGAUAGCUCGACCGGUU